CGUCAGCGCCAGUGACGCGCCGGCCGCUCCCCCUUCCUCUGCAUUCGCUGUAGGGUUUUGGGGCGCUACGGUGCAGAGUCGUCAGCUCCGAGUCGUAAGCAGUUCUCCGCGUAGCCCCGAGUCCAGUACCGGCGUUGGGAGGCAGAAGGACGUGGCAGGCAGGAUGUCAUUUUCAAAAUCCUGGAUGGUGCCCCCGCCUCAUUAACUGCUGUAGGAAGGCUGCUACACCUAGACGGAUGCGUGUUCCGACUAACGCUCUGUGUCGUUGAGUAUAUCUGUUAAGAUGCCUUAGAAAAAGAAUCAUGGAGAAGUAUGCUAGACUACAGAAGAUUGGAGAAGGUUCAUUUGGAAAAGCCAUUCUUGUUAAAUCUACAGAAGAUGGCAAGCAAUAUGUUAUCAAGGAAAUUAACAUCUCAAGAAUGUCCAAUAAAGAAAGGGAAGAAUCAAGGAGAGAAGUUGCAGUAUUGGCAAACAUGAAGCAUCCAAAUAUUGUCCAGUAUAGAGAAUCAUUUGAAGAAAAUGGCUCUCUCUACAUAGUGAUGGAUUACUGUGAAGGGGGCGAUCUGUUUAAACGAAUUAAUGCUCAGAAAGGCAUUUUGUUUCAAGAGGAUCAGAUUUUGGACUGGUUUGUGCAGAUAUGUUUGGCCUUGAAACAUGUACAUGAUCGAAAAAUUCUUCAUCGAGACAUAAAGUCCCAGAAUAUAUUUUUAACCAAAGAUGGGACAAUACAACUCGGAGAUUUUGGAAUUGCUCGAGUACUUAAUAGUACUGUGGAGCUGGCUCGAACUUGUAUAGGGACCCCCUACUACUUGUCACCUGAAAUUUGUGAAAACAAACCUUACAACAAUAAAAGUGACAUUUGGGCUCUGGGGUGUGUCCUGUAUGAGAUGUGUACGCUUAAACAUGCGUUUGAAGCUGGCAAUAUGAAAAACCUGGUACUGAAGAUAAUAUCUGGAUCUUUUCCACCUGUAUCUUUACAUUAUUCUUAUGAUCUCCGCAAUUUACUCUCUCAGUUAUUUAAAAGAAAUCCUAGGGAUAGACCAUCAGUCAACUCCAUAUUGGAGAAAGGUUUUAUAGCCAAACGCAUUGAAAAGUUUCUCUCACCUCAGCUUAUUGCAGAAGAAUUUUGUCUAAAAACAUUUUCCAAGUUUGGAGUGCAGCCUGUACCAGCUAAAAGACCAGCUUCAGGACAAAGCUUGGCUUCUGUUGUGUCUGCUCAGAAAAUUACAAAGCCUGCCGCCAAGUAUGGAGUACCUUUAACAUAUAAGAAAUUUGGAGAUAAAAAAUUACAUGAAAAGAAACCACUUCCAAAAUAUAAACAGGCCCAUCACAUUCCAGUGAAGAAAGUGAAUCCCGGAGAAGAAAGGAGGAAAAUGUUUGAGGAAGCAGCAAGAAAGCGAAAGUUGGAAUUUAUUGAAAAAGAAAAGAAACAAAAGGAUCAGAUUAGUUUAAUGAAGGCCGAGCAGAUGAAAAGACAGGAAAAGGAAAGGUUGGAGAGAAUAAAUAGGGCCAGGGAACAAGGAUGGAGAAACGUGCUAAGUACUGGUGGAAGUGGUGAAGUAAAGGCUCCCUUUUUUGGCAGUGGAGGGGCUGUGGCUCCAUCAUCUUUUUCUUCUCGAGGACAGUAUGAACAUUAUCAUGCUAUUUUUGAUCAAAUGCAGCAACAAAGAGCAGAAAAUAAUGAAACUAAAUGGAAAGGAGAAAUAUAUGGCCGAAGACAUCCAGAAAGGCAAAAGGGGCAGCUAGCUGUGGAAAGAGCUAAACAAGUGGAGGAGUUCCUACAGCGAAAGCGGGAAGCACGGCAAAAUAAAGCUCGAGCCGAAGGACAUAUGGGAAUCCUGCAAAACCUGGCAGCUAUGUAUGGAGGCAGGUCCAGCUCUUCAAGAGGAGGGAAGCCAAGAAACAAAGAGGAAGAGGUUUAUCUGGCAAGACUGAGGCAAAUAAGACUGCAGAAUUUCAAUGAGCGCCAACAGAUUAGAGCCAAACUUCGUGGUGAAAAGAAAGAAGCUGAUUAUUCUGAAGGACAAGAAGGAAGUGAGGAGGCUGACAUGCGGCGUAAAAAAGUUGAAGCAUUUAAGGCCCAAGCAAGUGCACGUGCUGCUGUACUAAAAGAACAAUUAGAACGAAAGAGAAAGGAAGCGUAUGAGAGAGAAAAGAAAGUAUGGGAAGAGCAUUUGGUGGCUAAAGGAGUAAAGAAUUCUGAUAUGUCUCCACCUUUGGGACAACAUGAAACAGGUGGUUCUCCAUCAAAGCAACAGAUGAGAUCUGUUAUUUCUGUGACUUCAGCUUUGAAAGAAGUGGGUUUGGACAGAAGUUUAACUGAUACCCAGGAAACCUCAGAAGACAUGCAGAAGACUAACAAUGCUAUUUCAAGUAAGCGAGAAAUACUACGUAGAUUAAAUCAAAAUCUUAAAGCUCAAGAAGAUGAAAAAGAAAAACAAUGUCACUCUGAUAUGUGUGAGAUAGUUGUUAAUGUGGAUGCCAAAGAGCAUGAAAAAGAAAAAUCGGUUUCAUCUGAUCGCAAGAAAUGGGAGGCAGGAGGUCAACUUGUCAUUCCUUUGGAUGAGUUAACACUGGACACAUCCUUCUCUGCUACUGAAAAACAUACAGUGGGAGAAGUUAUUAAAUUAGAUCCUGGUGGAUCUCCAAGAAAAGUAUGGGGGAGAAGCCCUACAGAUUCAGUUCUAAAGAUACUUGGAGAAGCUGAACUACAACUUCAGACAGAACUAUUGGAAAACACAACCAUUAGAAGUGAGACUUCUCCUGAAAGAGAGAGUUACAAACCUUUAAUUACUGAAGAAGAAAAAGUAAAAUAUACUUCACUUGAAAUGAAUCCAUCAGCUACUGUUAAUUCUUCUGUUGAAACGAACAGUCCAGAGUUUAAUGAAGCAUCUUCACAGACGUCAUUGAAGCCAGAAGGAAAUGUGGAUGAAGCUGAUAGCUUAGAAACAGAAGUUCUACAAGAGCCAGGUGGAGCAAAUAAAGAUGGUAGCUUGCCAUGCACGAUUAUUGAUGUGUGGAUUAGUGAGAUAAAAGAAACGAAGGAAACUGAGAUGGAAGAUAGGAUCACUGCUCAGCAAAAUGAAGUUUCUGAAGAUGAAAUCCCAAGGAAUGUGGACCACCUUAGUGAAGUCGAUAUAAGACCUGAAAUAAGUGAUUCUCAGCACCCUAAAUGUGAUAUAGAUAAACCUGUGCAACCAGAGCCAUUUUUCCAUAGAGUGGUUCUUUCAAAACACUUGAACGUAGUCUCUCAAAUUCAGUCAGUUCUGUGUUCACCAGAAGAAUCCUUUCCGCUUCGCUCUCGCUCUGAUUCACCACCAAAAAAUAAAAACCAGAGUUCCUUGCUGAUUGGACUUUCAACUGGUCUAUUUGAUGCAAACAACCCAAAGAUGUUGAGGACAUGUUCACUUCCAGAUCUCUCAAAAUUGUUCAGAACAUUGAUGGAUGUUCCCACUGUAGGAGAUGUAUGUCAAGACAAUCUUGAAAUAGGUGAAAUUGAAGAUGAGCAUAUUAAAGAAGGACCUUCUGAUUCUGAAGACAUUGUUUUUGAAGAAACUGACACAGAUUUACAAGAGCUUCAGGCCUCUAUGGAACAGUUACUUAGGGAACAACCUGGUGAAGAAUACAGUGAGGAGGAAGAAUCAGUCUUAAAGAACAGUGACAUAGAGCAGACUGCAAAUGGGACAGAUCUGGCAGAUGAGGAUGACAAUCCCAGCAGUGAAAGUGCCCUAAAUGAAGCAUGGCACUCAGAUAACAGUGAUGGUGAAAUUACUAGUGAAUGUGAAUACGAUAGUGUCUUUAACCAUUUAGAGGAACUGAGACUUCACCUGGAGCAGGAAAUAGGCUUUGAAAAAUUCUUUGAGGUUUAUGAGAAAAUAAAAGCUAUUCAUGAAGAUGAAGAUGAAAAUAUUGAGAUUUGUUCAACAAUAGUUCAGGAUAUUUUAGGAAAUGAACAUGAACAUCUUUAUGCCAAGAUUCUUCAUUUAGUCAUGGCAGAUGGAGCCUAUCAAGAAGAUAAUGAUGAAUAAUCAUCAGACCAUUUCUUAAUUCUCAACUGUAUGAAAGCAUUUAUAUUUGGCUCAUCAGCAAAGCAAGCUGCAGUGGGAAAUGUAGCAAUUUUCUACAAAUAUCAGAUUUAAGAUUGGCAUGCUGAUUGCAUGAAAAAGAGAAAUAUGCCAUUUUUCAAUUAAGAUUCUAGUAUUUUAUCUUGUUCAUGG